AUGGCAUCGUUCCAGGAUGCUGUUGGGGCUCUGUUGCGGCAGGACGAGCAGGAUAUAGGAGCACACAGACUCGCUGCACUUCAGGCACUACAACGUGCCAUCCAGGAUGCCAUAUCAGCGCGUGUGCCACCGGGCAUGCGUCUCCUCCAGUCGUGCAGCGGGCGGCAGGAGACAGCGGCGGAGCUGCUCCAUCGCGUCGCAUCUGCCAUCGUGCAGUCCCCAUCGCAGGAUGUCCGCGAUAUGGCCCUCGACAUUCUCGCCGUCGUCACCUGGAUCGUCGAUCCAAGUGUGGAUGAGGAACGCAUCUCCAUCACCGUUCAACAGCUCGCAUCGCAAGCGGUUUCCUGCUGCACAUAUGCACAAGCGCAGGACACCUGGAGGAUCAACGACGCGCACGCGCUCACAACGUGCCUUCGAGCCAUUCAACUCCUCUCCUUUCACAGGAAUGUGUUUCCACCGCAUCCAGCAGACCACGUGGCGUUUGCAGAAUUUGCGGAACUUCUGUGCAGCAUCGUCACGGACACGGCGCUGGCUGCGGAUGUGCUCGGUCCAGCAGCGUGCGUCCUCGCCAACCUCCUCGCACACAACCUGGCGUGGCAGGACUGGGUGCGUGCGCGUCCCACUGCGCGUCGCUUCUACCGCUCGCUCGUGUCAUAUCUCUCCAAUCCAGACCUCCUUCUCGUCGUCGCCACCCUCAAUCUCGUCGCACGGCUGCUGCUGGACGAUGCUGAGCUCGGGCAGAAGUUGUUCAACGACGACAACAUCACGCAGAUCUUCGAGCUGGCGUUCAGUCUCAUCACCAGCACCGACGACACCCCAGCCGCCAGCACAGUGCACAUGUACACGGUGGAGCUGUUCUCCACGCUCAUGGACAGCGUGCGCUGCGUGAACCGCCUCGGUGAAUUCGACAAACUGCCGCACUUUGUCGACGUGAUUACGCAAGAGCUUCAUCGGUGCCCCGCCCACAGCGCCGGCGUGACGGUUCGAUUCCUCCGUGCCAUCUGCGCAGCGCCGCAGUGCAUAGACGUCCUCCUCGCCAGGCUCACCGAGGGCGACGACCUGUUGGACAUGCUGCUUGCGUGGCUGGCGGCGGACCGGGCAUACACCUCCCCAUACAGCAUCCGCGACGACGCAGCCGAUAUUGUGAUUCGAAUGGUCAUCAGACUCACGGGCGGGCAGUCACCGGUCCUCGGCAAGGUUGCGUCGUUUGUGUCGUCCAUGUUCAACUCCACCAUCGCCACCGCCACUGGCGACGGAAGUCUUGACCUCCUCCUCGUCGCAAACAUUGCUCGCAUCUCCACCGCCAUCAACCACCAGGCGUCGCACCAGCAGACAGUUGUGCUGGAGCCGGCCUCCAUGCAGAUGCUGUACACCUUCUGCCGCGAUUCCCUGGCAGAUCUCUUUGUUCUCGGCCAAGCAAACGCUUCAAGCCACAACUGCUCGUUUGCGACUACGACGCGUGAUCUUGGGGCCCGCCUCGUCACCACGGCAUUCUGCGAAUACCUCAUCUCAUUGCUCGAGACGCGCGAGGACGAUGAAGCGAAACAGUUCCUUGACAAUCUCUUGCACGCCGAGGGCUGCCUUGUGAUGCUGAGCAAGAACCUGCUGUCGACCAGCCCUGUUCUCGUCGAGUCGUCCAUCAACAUCCUCUGCAGCCGUCUCUUCAAAUCUUUGUUCGGCAUCACCAGACUCAGCGCUGUAGUUGCGUCGUGGAACCGCAAUGCCGCUGCAAUGAACGACGCGACCAACACAUCAGCAGCGCAUGCGCCCGUUUCCCCUGCUGGUCGUUCCGAGUCUGGCGUCUUCUCGCGGCACACGCGCACCCAUCACGUCCAUUUCCACCACCAGCAACAGGUGUCUCAUUCUUCAUCCAUAACGUCAUCCCUGCAGCAACGAGAGCAGCUGCACCGGAGCACAGGAUCGCAUGUUGACGAAGACAUCCAACGCGUCAUGCACCACGUCAAGCACAAUCUGCAACUUCGCGACAUGCGCGCAUCUGAAAUCAUGGCCAUGUACGAGGCAAAGUUGCAGGAAGCGCACAACAAGGAACAACGGCUGUCGUCGCUGCUGGAUGCAAAAACAGGCGCUCUUCUGCAAUCAGACCAACUGUUGUCGGAGUACCAGGCGCAGCAGGCGCUGCUUGAUGACGAAUGCAGCAAACUCCGCGGCAUGCUGCGGGAGAGUGAAGGGCGGCGCGAGUCGUUUCAGGUCGAAAUGGAGCAGCAACAGCACGUCAUCACCUCCCUGCAGCAAGAGCGCACACGCAUGGCGGAGGAGCUUGAGGAAUUGCAUUCACUGCAGACGGCAAACAGCAACUUGCAGACAAGACUUGACAAUGAGGUGACGACGCGGGAAGCGUUGGAGUAUGAAAUCUCGGAACUCAAGUCGUACACUGCACAGUCAAAGGUGCAGCACAGGUCACUCAAUGACCAGCUGCGACAGCUGCGCUCCCAAAACAGCCACCUCCAGGACCAGGUUGAGGACCUGACGCGAGCGCUUGAAGUGGAGACGGAGAACACGACCACGAAAACCAAACAAUUGCACGAGUUUCAGCAGCAGUUUGGGGAUCUCUCCAGCAAGUGCACCGUUCUUCAGAGCGAAGUCAACACGCUCAAGGGGCAAAUUUCAGAGAAGGAUGAGGAGCUUCAGACAUGCAAAUCGUCACUGUCCCAGAAGGAACUCGACCUUUCCUCCACCCAACGUGCAAACCACGAAUUGGAAGCAAAGGUCGCAAGGCUUGAGGAGAAGGUGGCACAGCUUCAAGAAGACUUGGACAAGCACCAGCUCACGAUUUGA